AGCGGGAACCCGUUUAUACGCCACUGACCACAGUCCACAGACUUCUUCUUCUUCUUCAUAAGUUGGCGGGAAACUUGAAAAACCAAAGAAGAGGGAAAGCCUGAGAUGAGAAAUUAAUUAAAAAUUUUUCUUAUUUAAGCACCAAUUCCUAGGGUUUUCUUCUCUUGUACACUAUUGCCUCCCUAUAAAUCCCUUUCCUUGUCUAUUCUGUUUCCCUGCAAUUCUCCCUGCAAUUUAGUUGUUCGACGAAAUUCCCCACACAGGGGAUCUUUUCCUUUGAUCGAAGAUGUACGUCAUCAAGAGAGAUGGUCGGCAGGAAGCUGUUCAUUUUGACAAGAUCACCGCUCGUUUGAAGAAGCUCAGUUAUGGGUUGAGCAUUGAUCACUGUGAUCCAGUGCUUGUGGCUCAGAAGGUCUGCGCUGGGGUCUACAAGGGUGUCACCACAAGCCAGCUUGAUGAACUGGCUGCCGAGACUGCCGCUGCAAUGACUGCAAAUCACCCGGAUUAUGCAUCCCUGGCUGCUAGAAUUGCUGUUUCGAAUCUGCAUAAGAAUACCAAAAAAUCAUUUUCAGAGACGAUCAAGAUCAUGUACAACCAUUUCAAUGAACGAUCUGGGCAGAAGGCUCCUCUAAUUGCUGAUGAUAUUUACGGAAUAAUCAUGAAGAAUGCAGCACGCUUGGACAGUGAGAUCAUAUAUGACAGAGACUUUGACUAUGAUUUCUUCGGUUUUAAAACCCUUGAGAGAUCCUACCUGUUGAAGGUUCAGGGGAAGGUUGUAGAAAGGCCACAGCACAUGUUGAUGAGGGUUGCUGUUGGAAUCCACAAGGAUGACAUUGAUUCUGCUAUCAAAACAUACCAUUUGAUGUCACAGCGUUGGUUCACUCAUGCCUCUCCAACUCUCUUCAAUGCUGGGACUCCGAGGCCUCAACUCAGCAGUUGCUUCCUUGUGUGCAUGAAAGAUGAUAGUAUCGAGGGAAUAUAUGAUACCUUGAAGGAGUGUGCUGUGAUCAGCAAAUCUGCUGGUGGAAUUGGUGUUUCUGUUCAUAAUAUUCGAGCCACUAGCAGUUACAUUUGUGGUACAAAUGGGACAUCCAAUGGUAUUGUUCCAAUGCUGCGUGUCUUCAAUGACACUGCUCGCUAUGUUGAUCAGGGAGGAGGCAAGAGGAAGGGUGCAUUUGCUGUGUAUUUGGAGCCAUGGCAUGCUGACGCAUUUGAGUUUUUAGAUCUCAGAAAGAACCAUGGAAAGGAAGAGCACCGGGCAAGGGAUCUAUUUUAUGCUCUUUGGGUUCCUGAUCUUUUUAUGGAAAGAGUCCAAAGUGAUGGACAAUGGUCCUUGUUUUGCCCCAAUGAGGCUCCUGGUCUGGCUGACUGUUGGGGUGAGGAAUUUGAGAAACUGUACACAAAAUAUGAGAGAGAGGGUAAAGCAAAGAAGGUUGUCUCUGCACACAGUCUCUGGUUUGAGAUUCUGAAAGCGCAAAUUGAAACCGGAACUCCUUAUAUGCUUUUCAAGGAUACUUGCAAUAGAAAAAGUAACCAGCAAAAUUUGGGGACCAUCAAAUCUUCAAAUUUGUGCACUGAGAUUAUUGAGUAUACAAGUCCAACAGAAACUGCUGUUUGCAAUUUAGCAUCCAUUGCUUUACCUCGAUAUGUAAGGGAGAAGGGGGUGCCUAUUGAGUCACACCCAUCGAAGUUGGUUGGAAGUAGAGGACACACGAACCGAUACUUUGACUUUGAUAAACUAGCAGAGGUUACUGCAGUAGUUACAUCAAAUCUCAACAAAAUAAUUGAUGUAAACUACUACCCUGUUGAAACUGCAAGGAGGUCAAACCUGCGGCACAGACCAAUUGGGAUUGGAGUUCAGGGCCUUGCUGAUACAUUCAUCCUACUUGGCAUGCCAUUUGAUUCGCAAGAGGCACAACAGCUUAAUAAAGACAUCUUUGAGACCAUAUACUAUCAUGCCCUUAAAACUUCUGCAGAGUUGGCUGCAAAAGAAGGUUCUUAUGAGACAUAUAGUGGGAGUCCUCUGAGCAAGGGAAUUCUUCAACCGGAUAUGUGGGGUGUAACACCAUCUGAUAGGUGGGAUUGGUCUUCGCUAAGGGAAUUGAUAUCCAAGAAUGGAGUGAGAAAUUCCCUUCUUGUAGCACCCAUGCCCACAGCUUCAACUAGUCAGAUUCUUGGCAACAAUGAGUGCUUUGAGCCAUACACCUCUAAUAUCUAUAGUCGCAGAGUGUUGAGUGGUGAAUUUGUUGUGGUGAACAAGCACCUCCUUCAUGACUUAACUGAGAUGGGCCUUUGGUCUCCUGCUCUUAAGAACAAGAUAAUUUAUGAGAAUGGUUCUGUUCUCAAAAUCCCAGAGAUUCCUGAUGAUCUCAAGUCUAUCUACAAAACUGUCUGGGAGAUUAAGCAAAGGACAUUAGUGGACAUGGCUGUUGAUCGUGGGUGUUACAUAGAUCAGAGUCAGAGCCUAAAUAUCCAUAUGGACCAACCUAAUUUUGGGAAGCUUACUUCCUUGCAUUUCUAUGCUUGGUCAAAGGGUUUAAAAACUGGGAUGUAUUACCUACGAACACGUGCUGCAGCAGAUGCCAUCAAGUUCACUGUUGAUACCUCAAUUUUCAAGGAAGAGAAGGUGAAGCCAGUGCAUGAUGUUAGUGCAAGCAUGGCACAAAUGGUUUGCUCUCUGGAGAACAGAGAAGAGUGUUUGGCAUGUGGAAGUUAGUUUCUUUAUAUGGAAUAUGAGAACUGUUGAUUCGGGUGCAAGUACACAACGUCCAAAUGCUGAAACAGGAUAAUGGGAAAAUGCUGCAAGGGUUGAGAAGAUGGUUCUAUCGGGUCAAGUUUCUAGCCAAUUACACUGGUUAACUUUCUCUGUACAGCUGCUCUAUGUAAGCCCCUCAGAUAGGGUAAUGGUGAUAUGUAUAUGUUUAUUCUGUAUUGGGUUUUGGAUUUGGAGAGUAGCUGGUACCCCGACCACAAUAUCUCCACUCCACGUGAUAGAAGUAUUGAUGAUAGCUGGUCUCUUGGGUUCAUUGCUAGCAUCUGCUUUAUUUAGUGACGGUUAUCUCAUCCUACUCCCAAUGACUAUGUACAUGCUUUCAUAGUUUAAUAUUGAGCCUAAAUCUUGUGUUUUCUGCUUA